AUGUCUUGUCAAAUGCCGCACGAGCUCGACCUGCACUCCCUCACGGAGGAGCUCGCGCGGCCGGACGGCGCGCCUCCCCUCGACACCGCCAUCCUCGCGGCAACGGCGGCUCUUUCCAGCGCGCCCGAGAGCGCCGGCGGGCAGAGCGCUGUGGCGGAAGCGCUGCGCUGCGUCGUCCGAAUCGCGGAGCGGGACGCGGCAGGGCGGGUCGGGCCCGAGCUGAUCGGCUUGGUCGUCGAUCGCGGCAUUCGCCCGGCUUGCACGCGCACUACGCCGGCUCCGCCCUCCACAGACGAGAGCGCCGCGGUGGCGCUGGAGGCCCUCCGUGCGUGCCUGUUCGGCGCGGCGCGGCUCGCGGGCGGCUUGCUGGACGUGAGCCCGCCGCUUCUCUCUGCGCUGCUGCGCGGCGUCGCCGUGCCGCUCGCUCUCGCGGCGGCCCCCGGCGCGCGGUGGGAUGCUGGCUCUCUGGGCGCCGCGCCGCCGGGAGAGGCGGAAGAGCCUCUCGUGGGUGGCCUGGUCGAGCUGCUCAAGGCGGCGCACGAGCUGCUCGGCGCGCAGAUGGCGGGGGGCGGCGAGCUGGCGGGGCGCGGCUGGGUGCCGUGUCUCGGCGAGCUGAGCGACGCGCUGCUCUGCGCGUGCGAGGCCGAGGCGGCCCGGCCGAGCCCAGCAUUCAAGCUGAAGAACUGGCUCUGGAAGCUGCUGGUGCGGGCGGCGACCGCGCUGGGGCGGGCGGGCGCGCCAGCGGACGCUGGGGACGUGCGUGGCGACGCGGCCUCCCUCUCGACGCUGCGCUCGCGCCUCCUCUCCCAGUCGACGGCGCGGCUAACGCUCCUCCUGCGGACACGUCCGGUGCGGCUCCUGCCCCUCCUGCAGCGAGUCGUGGCCCACGCGGCGGCGGCGGAGCGGGCAGACGCGGCAGUUGGGCUCGGCGGCGAGGCGGCGGAGGCGGAGGAGAAGAUGGCUCUCUUUGGCCUCAUCCAGCUGAAGGCCAUCCUGGCCAGCCAGCGCGAGCCUCUCGCGCGGUGGGGCGGCGAGGCGGCGGCGGCGCUGCUCGCCCGCUUCCUCGCCCGCUCGGGCAGGCUGCUGCUCGCGGCGUCCCUUCACGCCCACCGCUCUGCGGGCGAGUCGCGGCCCGAGGAGACCCUCGCAGCGAGGCUGCUCGGCAAGCUCGACGCGAGCCUCGGGGCGCUCCUCGGCGGCGCUCCGCCGGGCAAGGCGCAUCUCCCGGGCGAGGGCGACGCGGGAGAGCUGCUGCUGCGCGGCUGGGUCCGCCUCGCCGCGGCCGCGACACCGGCCUACGCCGCUGUCCCGCAAGAGGGUGGGGCGGAGGGCGGGGCGGAGGAGUGGGCGGCGGGAGGGCGCUUGCGGCCGGACGAGGCCGCGUGGCUGCUGGCUCUCUCCUUGCGCGCAACGGCGACGACGCCCUCGGUCGCUGCGGCGGCGCACGAGGUUGCGGCCUCGGCGGUGCUGCCCGCUUUGCUGCAGCUGCUGCCGCGCUGCUACGGCGCGCUCAUCGCCCCCGCCGCGCCCACCGACGACGAGGACGCCGGCGGGGGCGGGCCGGGCGGCGCCGCGUACGAGACGAUGCCGUCUGCCCUCUCUCUCCUCGCCACUGUCGCGGCUGGGUACGCGUCGAGGGCGCCGCCUCGGGUGCACGCGAGGCUGGUGAUGUCGCUCGUGGACGGCGCUUGCGCCGCGCACCCGAUGAUCAGACAGGUGGCGCUGGACGCACUCGCCGCGCGGCUCUCCGUCUUGGACGCCGCCGCCGCCGCCGCCACUUGCCACUCCCUGUGGCGGGCGAGCGUCUCUCUCGGCGCCGCGCGUGCCUCCGGCCUGCAAGCGUCGCUCGCCAAGCUCGUCGCGGCCUCCCUGCCGCACCUGCCGCCCGAGGCGCUGCUCCAGCUGCUGGCCUCCUUCGGGGCGCCCCUCUCUCGGCUGGCUGCGAGCGGAGGGGCCGCCGACCCGAGCGAGCCCAACUUGGGCAGCCUCCUCCUCCUCCUCGCAGCGCUGCCCGAGGUUGCCGGCGAGGCCGGCGCCCCUGCCGCUGGCGCGCUCUCGUCCGCACUCGAGCGGGCGGGCGGACGGGCGUGGUGCUGUCGCCUCGCCGACGCCUCGUGCGUCGCCAGCGACGCCGGCGCGACUCGCUCUCUGCUGCUCGGCGCGGCUGGCCUGCUCGCGCUCCUCCCGUGCGAUGCGGAGCGGCCAGCCACUCACCGGCCCGACCCGAGGUGGGCACCCACUCACGCGGGGGCGCCGGAUCCCGCCGCAUCGCUGGCGCACGCCGCCUUGCGGGCGCUGUCCACGCGGCGCGUCUCGGCAGCGGCGGAGGCGGCGGCGGUGGCUGUCGCCAAGCUUCCGGCCGAGGCAUUGGAGCCUCUCGCACACGCGGCGGCUGCCUCGCCGCCAGGGCAAGAUGCGCGCGGCCUCGGCACCGCCGUGCUCAUCCUGGCGAUGCUCCCUUUGAGGCCGUCGCUCUCGCCCGCGGCGUGGGAGCAUUUGGGCGAGGCGACCGUGCGCCUCAUGCAGCAGGCGUUGCUCGACGGCGGCGCCGACUGGGCGGUCGACACCGCGGCGCGCGUGGCGUUUGAGUUCAUCUGUGUGGCGCCAGACGAGCACCAGAGCGCCUUUGUGUCCACCCUCAAGACGCGCGGCUUUGACGGACCCCUCGAGACCUUUGCCACCCUCUCGGUCGAGUCGCCGCCCGACAUGCACUCCGCCACCUGGCUCGCGCAUGAGGGGCGGCUCGCUUCGGCGACGUUGGCCUCUGCUUCCGCCGCCGCUUCCGCCGCAGCCGCCGCCGCCGCCGCCGCCGCUGCCUCGUCGCCGCCCCCCGGACUCGGCCGGCCUCCGCUGCAGCCGCUGCUCGGCGGCGCCCAGCGAGGCGCGGACCGGCCCGAGUGCGCCCACCCGCCCAAGCGGCCGCGGCUCGACGCCGAGUCGGAGCGCGGACUGCAGAUGCUGACCGCGGGGCUCGCGGCGGUGCGGAGUAGCGCGAGCGGAGCGCCUCACGGAGGCGGCGGCGGUGGCGAGCUACGCGAGCUGCUCGAGGCGCAUGCCCAGGAGGUGCACCGGCUGGCCGCCGCUCUCGGUGGCUCGUGA